GUCUGCCUGUCCUUUCGUCCCCGUCCAGUCUGAGGACCGGCCAGAGAGUGGGCUGCUGGGUGGGAGCCGUGUCAGUCCUGGGCCCGUGGAGGGAGGUGAGACCCAGCAGCCCCUGUUCCAUCUUCUGUGCCCUACGCCUGGGUGCUGCUCCCAGCCUCCCGUAGAGACAGGUCCUUCCUGCCGCCCCCACCCCCACCAUGGAUCACUCAUUCAGUGGGGCACCCCGAUUCCUGACCCGGCCCAAGGCCUUCAUGGUGUCGGUGGGCAAGGACGCCACGCUGAGCUGCCAGAUCGUGGGCAACCCCACGCCGCAGGUGAGCUGGGAGAAGGACCAGCAGCCUGUAGAGGCGGGUGCUCGCUUCCGCCUGGCCCAAGACGGCGACCUGUACCGUCUCACCAUCUUAGACCUGGCACUGGGCGACAGCGGGCAGUACGUGUGCCGCGCACGCAACGCCAUCGGUGAGGCCUUCGCGGCUGUGGGCCUGCAGGUGGACGCUGAGGCCGCCUGCGCAGAGCAGGUGCCCCACUUUCUCCUGCGGCCCACGUCCAUCCGCGUGCGCGAGGGCGCCGAGGCCACGUUCCGCUGUCGCGUGCGCGGCUCGCCGCCUAUGGCCGUGAGCUGGGCCAAAGACGGGCGGCGCUUGGGCUCGCCUGACGCCCCCAGAGUGCGCGUGGAGGCCAGCGGCGAGGCGAGCGCGCUGUGCAUCCAGGCAACGCGGGCCCGGGACGGCGGCACCUACACGGUGCGCGCCGAGAACCCGCUGGGCGCUGCCAGUGCCGACGCAGCGCUCACCGUGGAGGCGGAUGCGGACGCGGCGGGCCCUCCCGGGGCCUCCACUGCUGCGCUUCUGGCGCACCUGAAGCGGCGGCGCGAGGCGAUACGCGCGGACAGCGCCCCGGCCUCGCCACCGGGUUCCGGCACGCGCACAUGCACCGUGACUGAAGGCAAGCACGCGCGCCUCAGCUGCUACGUGACGGGGGAGCCAAAGCCAGAGACCGUGUGGAAGAAGGAUGGGCAGCUGGUGGUCGAGGGCCGGCGCCACGUGGUGUACGAGGACGCCCAGGAGAACUUCGUGCUCAAGAUCCUCUUCUGUAAACAGUCGGACCGGGGCCUCUACACCUGCACGGCCUCCAACCUGGUGGGCCAGACUUACAGCUCCGUGCUGGUCGUCGUCCGAGAGCCCGCGGUGCCCUUCAGAAAGCGGCUGCAGGACCUGGAGGUGCGGGAGAAAGAGUCGGCCACGUUCCAGUGCGAGGUGGAGCUGCCGGCCACGGAGGCCGCGUGGUACAAGGAGGAGACGCGGCUGUGGGCCAGCGCCAAGUACGGCAUCGAGGAGGAGGGCACUGAGCGCCGGCUGACGGUGCGCAACGUCUCGGCCGACGACGACGCCGUCUACGUCUGCGAGACGGCGGAGGGCAGCCGCACGGUGGCGGAGCUCGCGGUGCAAGGCAACCUCAUCCGGAAGCUCCCGAGGAAGACCGCGGUGCGAGUGGGGGACACGGCCAUGUUCUGUGUGGAGCUGGCCCAGCCCGAGGACUCCAUCCACUGGCUGAGGAACCAGGAGGAGGUGGUGGCCGGGGGUCGCGUGGCCAUCACCACAGAAGGCACGUGCCACACGCUGACCAUCUCCAAGUGCAGCCUGGAGGACAUGGGCGAGGUGGCCUUCAUGGCUGGGGACUGCCGGACAACGACACAGUUCUUUGUGUCUGCCCCUAGGAAGCCGCCGCUGCAUGCGCCUGAGGCCCCCAUGGUGAAAUCCAGGACAGAGUGCUCCGUGACCCUUGGCUGGUCCCCACCACCCCACGGGGACCGCCCUGUCCCCAUCGAUGGUUAUCUGGUGGAGAAGAAGCGGCUUGGCGCCCACACCUGGAGCCGGUGCCACGAGGCUGAGUGGGUGGGUGCGCAGGAGCUGACUGUGGCCAGCGUGUCUGAGGAGGGGGACUUCCAGUUCCGGGUGUCCGCUCUGAACAGCUUUGGCCACAGCCCCUACCUCGAGUUCCCAGGGACUGUGCACCUGACCCCCCAGCUUGCUGUGAGGACGCCCCUGAAGGCAGUGGAGGCUGUGGAGGGUGGUGAGGUGACCUUCUCCGUGGACCUCACUUUGGCCUUGGCGGGAGAGUGGUUCCUGGACGGGCAGGCCCUGAAGGCCAGCAGCAUGUACAUGAUCCGUCAGGACGGCACACGGCAUGCCCUCACCAUCCACUCAGUGUCCGCCAGCAUGCACGGUGCUGAGCUCAAGUUCGUGGCCAAUGGCAUUGAAAGCAGCAUCCGCAUGGAGGUCCGAGCGGCCCCAGGGAUGACCACUAGGCGUCCAGUCACAGCUGUGAGGGAAGUGCUGGCCCAGCUGCAUGAGGAGGCACAGCUGCUGGCUGAGCUGUCAGACCAGGCUGCAGCGGUGACAUGGCUGAAGGAUGGCCACGUGUUGCCACCAGGCCCCAAGUAUGAGGUGCAGGCCAUGGCCGGACAGCGGGCACUGCUGGUGCGGGAUGUGGUGCGAGAUGAUGCUGGCCUCUACGAGUGUGUCAGCCGUGGGGGCCGCAUCGCCUACCAGCUCCUGGUGCAAGGGCUCACUCCCUUUCUGCACAAAGACACUGCUGGUGGCUGUGUGGAUGCUGUGGCUGGAGGCCCAGCCCACUUCGAAUGCGAGACCUCGGAGGCCCAUGUGAGUGUGCACUGGUACAAGGAUGGAGUGGAGCUCAAGCGCUCCAGCCAGCGCUUCUUGCAGGAGGACGUGGGUUCACGGCACCGGCUGGUGGCAACCUCGGUCACCAGGCAGGAUGAGGGUACCUACUCGUGCCGUGUGGGCGAGGACUCCGUGGACUUCCAGUUGCGUGUCUCCGAGCCCUCUGCAGUGUUUGCCAAGGAGCAGCCAGCACGCAGUGAGGUGCUCUGCAAGGCAGGGGCCAGUGCCACCCUGAGCUGUGAGGUGGCCCAGGCCCAGACAGAGGUGACGUGGUACAAGGACGGGAAGAAGCUGAGUGCGAGCUCCAACGUGCACGUGGAGGCCAAGGGCUGCAGCAGGCGGCUGGUGGUGCAGCAGGCGGGGAAAGCGGACGCCGGGGAGUACAGCUGCGAGGCCGGGGGCCAGAAGGUGUCCUUUCGCCUGGACGUCACAGAACCUGCAUUAGUGUUUGCCAAGGACCAGCCAGCAUUCAGGGAGGUGCAGGCCAAGGCAGGGUCCAGUGCCACCCUGAGCUGUGAGGUGGCCCAGGACAAGACAGAGGUGACGUGGUACAAGGAUGGGAAGAAGCUGAGUGCAAGCUCCAACAUGCACGUGGAAGCCAAGGGCUGCAGCAGGCGGCUGGUGGUGCAGCAGGCAGGGAAGGUGGAUGCCGGGGAGUACAGCUGCGAGGCAGGGGGCCAGAAGGUGUCCUUCCACCUGGAUGUCACAGAGCCCUCCGUGGUGUUUGCCAAGGAGCAGCCAGCACGCAGUGAAGUGCAGGCCAAGGCAGGGUCCAGUGCCACCCUGAGCUGUGAGGUGGCCCAGGCCCAGACAGAGGUGACGUGGUACAAGGACGGGAAGAAGCUGAGUGCGAGCUCCAACGUGCACGUGGAGGCCAAGGGCUGCAGCAGGCGGCUGGUGGUGCAGCAGGUGGGGAAGGCAAAUGCUGGGGAGUACAGCUGCGAGGCCGGGGGCCAGAAGGUGUCCUUCUGCCUGGACGUCACAGAGCCCUCUGUGGCAUUUGCCAAGGAGCAGCCAGCACGCAGUGAGGUGCAGACCAAGGCGGGGACCAGUGCCACACUGAGCUGUGAGGUGGCCCGGGACAAGACGGAGGUGACAUGGUACAAGGACGGAAAGAAGCUGAAUGCGAGCUCCAAAAUAUGCAUGGAGGCUAAGGGUUGCAAGAGGCAGCUGGUGGUGCAACAGGCGGGGAAAGCAGAUGCUGGGGAGUACAUCUGUGAGGCUGGGGGCCAGAAGCUGUCCUUCCACCUGGAUGUUGCAGAGCCUCCAGCUGUGUUUGCCAGGGAGCAGCCAGCACGCAGGGAGGUGCAGGCCAAGGCGGGGGCCAGCGCCACCCUGAGCUGUGAGGUGGCCCAUGCACAGACGGAGGUGACAUGGUACAAGGACGGGAAGAAGCUGAGUGCGAGCUCCAACGUGCACAUGGAGGCCAAGGGCUGCAGCAGGCGGCUGGUGGUGCAGCAGGCGGGGAAGGCGGACGCCGGGGAGUACAGCUGCGAGGCUGGGGGCCAGAAGGUGUCCUUCCGCCUGGAUGUCACAGAACCCUCUGUGGUGUUUGCCAAGGAGCAGCCAGCACGCAGUGAAGUGCAGGCCAAGGCAGGGUCCAGUGCCACCCUGAGCUGUGAGGUGGCCCAGGCCCAGACAGAGGUGACGUGGUACAAGGACGGGAAGAAGCUGAGUGCGAGCUCCAACGUGCACAUGGAGGCCAAGGGUCGCAACAGACGGCUGGUGGUGCAGCAGGCAGGGAAGAUGGACGCUGGGGAGUAUAGCUGCGAGGCUGGGGGCCAGAAGGUGUCCUUCCGCUUGGACGUCACAGAACCUACACUGGUGUUUGCCAAGGGCCAGCCAGUACACAAGGAGGUGCAGGCCAAGGCAGGGGCCAGUGCUACCCUGAGCUGUGAGGUGGCCCAGGCCCAGACAGAGGUGACGUGGUACAAGGACGGGAAGAAGCUGAGUGCGAGCUCCAAUGUGCACGUGGAGGCCAAGGGCUGCAGCAGGCGGCUGGUGGUGAAGCAGGCGGAGAAGGCGGACACUGGGGAGUACAGCUGCGAGGCCGGGGGCCAGAAGGUGUCCUUCCGCCUGGACGUCACAGAGCCGGCUGCUGUGUUUGUCAAGGAUCAGCCAAUGAACAGUGAGGUACAGGCCAAGGCAGGGGCCAGUGCCACCCUGAGCUGUGAGGUGGCCCAGGCCCAGACAGAGGUGACGUGGUACAAGGACGGGAAGAAGCUGAGUGCGAGCUCCAACGUGCACGUGGAGGCCAAGGGCUGCAGCAGGCGGCUGGUGGUGAAGCAGGCGGGGAAGGCGGACACCGGGGAGUACAGCUGCGAGGCCGGGGGCCAGAAGGUGUCCUUCCGCCUGGACGUCACAGAACCCUCUGUGGUGUUUGCCAAGGAGCAGCCAGCACGCAGUGAAGUGCAGGCCAAGGCAGGGUCCAGUGCCACCCUGAGCUGUGAGGUGGCCCAGGCUCAGACAGAGGUGACGUGGUACAAGGACGGGAAGAAGCUGAGUGCGAGCUCCAACGUGCACGUGGAGGCCAAGGGCUGCAGCAGGCGGCUGGUGGUGAAGCAGGCGGGGAAGGCGGACACCGGGGAGUACAGCUGCGAGGCAGGGGGCCAGAAGGUGUCUUUCCACCUGGAUGUCACAGAACCCUCUGUGGUGUUUGCCAAGGAGCAGCCAGCAUGCAGUGAGGUGCUCUGCAAGGCGGGGUCCAGCGCCACCCUGAGCUGUGAGGUGGCCCAGGCCCAGACGGAGGUGACGUGGUACAAGGACGGGAAGAAGCUGAGUGCGAGCUCCAACGUGCACGUGGAGGCCAAGGGCUGCAGCAGGCGGCUGGUGGUGCAGCAGGCAGGGAAGGCGGACGCCGGGGAGUACAGCUGCGAGGCCGGGGGCCAGAAGGUGUCCUUCCGCCUGGAUGUCACAGAACCCUCUGUGGUGUUUGCCAAGGAGCAGCCAGCAUGCAGUGAAGUGCAGGCCAAGGCGGGGUCCAGUGCCACCCUGAGCUGUGAGGUGGCCCAGGCCCAGACAGAGGUGACGUGGUACAAGGACGGGAAGAAGCUGAGUGCGAGCUCCAACGUGCACAUGGAGGCCAAGGGCUGCAGCAGGUGGCUGGUGGUGCAGCAGGCAGGGAAGGCGGAUGCCGGGGAGUACAGCUGCGAUGCGGGAGGCCAGAAGGUGUCCUUCCGCCUGGACGUCACAGAGCUGGAGCCCGAGUCCCCCGCCCUGGAGAGACCUGGCCACAGGGAGCCUCUGGUGGUCAGGGAGCAUGAGGACAUUGUCCUGACAGCCAAGCUGGCCACAUCCUCUGUGGCCGCGGUGACGUGGCUCAAGGAUGGUGUGGAGAUUCGCCGAAGCAAGCGGCACGAAACAGUCAGCCUGGGGGACACCCACACCCUGACCAUCCACGGGGCCCAGACCCUGGACAGUGCAGUCUACAGCUGCCGUGUGGGCACGGCAGGGCAGCACUUCCCUGUGCAGGUGGAAGAGGUGGCCACCAAGUUCUGCCAGCCCCUGGAGCCUGUGAGCGGGGAGCUGGGGGGCACGGUGACGCUGGUGUGCGAGCUGAGCCCGCCCCAGGCCGAGGUCGUGUGGCGCUGCGGGAGCAUACAGCUCCGGGCUGGGAAGCGCUUCCAGAUUGAAGCCACAGGGCCCCGGCGCUGCCUCACGGUGUCAGGCCUGCGGCUGGAGGAUGCGGGGGAGUACACGUGUGAGACUCGUAACGACCGCACCAGCGCGCAGCUCACCGUCAAUGCCCCCCGCACGGUCAAGUUCACAUCAGAGUUGAGGGCGGUGGUGGCCGAGGAAGGUGGAGAGGCCACCUUCCAGUGCGUGGUGUCCCCGGGCGACUCGGCAGUCACGUGGUUCCGGGACGGCGCCUUGCUGAAGCCCAGCCAGAAGUUUCUCAUCUCCCAAAGUAGUUCCAGCCACAGCCUGACCAUCUCUGGCCUGACCCUGGAGGACGCUGGUCAGAUCACUGCAGAGGCUGAGGGUAUCCAGUCCUCAGCUGCUCUCCGGGUGCGAGAGGCUCCGGUGCUAUUCAGAAAGAAGCUGAAACCCCAGACGGUGGAAGAGCGGAGCUCAGUGACCAUGGAGGUGGAGCUGACGCGGCCGUGGCCCGAUGUCAAGUGGACACGGAAUGCAGCCGCUCUGGCGCCAGGCAAGAACGUGGAGAUCCACGCGGAAAGCACCAGUCACCGCUUGGUUCUGCACUGUGUGGGUUUCGCUGACCGUGGCUUCUAUGGGUGCGAGACUCCAGACGACAAGACGCAGGCCAAGCUCACCGUGGAAAUGCGCCGGGUCCAGCUCGUGCGGGGCCUACAGGCGGUGGAGGUGUCCGAGCUGGGCACAGUCAGCAUGGAGGUGGAGCUAUCCCACGCUGACGUGGAGGGCAGCUGGACGCGGGAUGGCCUGCGGCUACAGCCAGGGCCGACGUGCCAGCUGGCCGUGCAUGGCCCCAUCCACACGCUCACGCUGUUGGACCUGCGGCCACAGGAUGGCGGCCUCGUCACCUUCAAAGCUGAGGGGGUGCACACGUCCGCGCGGCUCAUGGUAACCGAGCUGCCUGUGAGGUUCAGCCGCCCCCUGAAGGACAUGGUGGCCACAGAGAAGGACAAGGUGACCCUGGAGUGUGAGCUGUCACGCCCCAAUGUGGAUGUGCGCUGGCUGAAGGACGGUGUGGAGCUGCGGGUGGGCAAGACAGUGGGCAUGGUGGCCCAGGGUGCCUGUCGGAGUCUCAUCAUUUACCGGUGUGAGCUCGGGGACCAGGGCGUGUACGUGUGUGACGCCCACGACGCUCAGAGCUCAGCCUCCCUGAAGGUGCAAGGUCGCAAGGUCCAGAUCGUGAGGCCCCUGGAGGACGUGGAGGUGAUGGAGAAGGAGGGUGCCACGUUCUCCUGUGAGGUCUCGCUCGACGAGGUGCCGGCCCAGUGGUUCUGGGAGGGCACUAAGCUUCGGCCCAGUGACAACGUGCGCACCCGUCAGGAAGGAAGGAAAUACACUCUCAUCUUCCGGAAGGUCCUGGCAGAAGAUGCCGGGGAGAUCAAAUUUGUCGCAGAAAAUGCAGAAUCACGAGCACAGCUCCGAGUGAAAGAACUGCCAGUGGCCAUCCUGCGGCCGUUGCGGGACAAGAUAGCCAUGGAGAAGCACCGCGGCGUGCUGGAGUGCCAGCUGUCUCGGGCCAGUGCGCAGGUACAGUGGUUCAAGGGCAGCGUGGAACUACAGCCCGGGCCCAAGUACGAGAUGGUCAGCGACGGCCUCUACCGGAAGCUAAUCAUCAAGGAUGUGCAGCCCGAGGAUGAGGACAUGUACACCUGCAACGCUGGAGAUGUGAAGACCAGCGCCCAGUUCUUCGUGGAAGAGCAAUCCAUCACCAUCGUGCGCGGUCUACAGGACGUGACCGUGAUGGAGCCUGCCCCCGCCUGGUUCGAGUGCGAGACCUCCAUUCCGUCGGUGCGGCCGCCCAAGUGGUUCCUGGGAAAGACGAUGCUGCAGGCGGGGUCGAACGUGAGCAUGGAGCAGGAGGGCACCGUGCAUCGCCUGACUCUGCGGCGCACCUGCUCCACCAUGACCGGGCCUGUGCACUUCACCAUCGGCAAGUCGCGCUCCACCGCACGCCUGGUGGUCUCAGACAUCCCGAUGGUGCUCACGCGGCCGCUGGAGCCCAAGGCGGGGCGCGAGCAGCAGUCGGUGGUCCUGUCCUGCGACUUCAAGCCGCCCCCCAAGGCUGUGCAGUGGUACAAGGAAGACACUCCCCUGGCACCCUCUGAGAAGUUCAAGAUGAGCCUGGAGGGCCACAUGGCGGAGCUGCGAAUCCUCCGCCUCACACCCGCGGACGCCGGCAUCUACCGGUGCCAAGCAGGCAGCGCCCAGAGCAGCACGGAGGUCACCGUGGAAGCGCGCGAGGUGACCGUGACACAGCCAUUGCAGGACAUAGAAGUCACGGAGGAGAGCCGAGCCUCUUUCUUCUGUGAGCUGUCCCAUGAGGACGAGGAGCUGGAGUGGUCACUCAACGGCACGCCUCUGUACAACGACAGCUUCCAUGAGAUCACCCACGAGGGCCAGCGCCACACGCUGGUGCUGAAGCGGGUUAGGCGGGCGGAUGCGGGCACCGUGCGCGCCUCCUCCCCCAAGGUGUCGGCCACUGCCCGCCUGGAGGUCAAAGCAAAGCCAGUGGUGUUCCUGAAGGCUCUCGAUGAUGUGUCUGCGGAGGAGCGGGGCACACUGGCCCUGCAGUGCGAGGUCUCGGACCCCCAGGCCCGCGUGGUGUGGCGGAAAGACAGCGUGGAACUGGGCCCCAGCGACAAGUACGACUUCUUGCACACGGCGGGCACGCGUGGGCUUGUGGUGCAUGACCUGAGUCGGGACGACACCGGCCUCUACACUUGCAGCGUGGGCUCCGAGGAGACCCGCGCCAGAGUCAGUGUGCACGACUUACACGUGGGCAUCACCAAGAGGCUGAAGAUGGUGGAGGUGCUGGAGGGCCAGAGCUGCACGUUCGAGUGUGUUCUGUCCCACGAGAACACCAGCGACGUGGCCACGUGGACUGUAGGUGGGAAGACAGUGGGUGGCUCGGGCCGCUUCCGGGCCAGCCGCCAGGGCCGCAAGUACACCCUGGCUAUCCAAGAUGCUGCUCCUAGUGACGCUGGGGAGGUGAUGUUCUCCAUACUGGACCUCACCUCCAAGGCCUCCCUCAUCGUCCGAGAGAGGCCCGCGGACAUUGUGAAGCCCCUAGAAGACCAGCAGGCUGCUCCGGGAGAGGAUGUGGUGCUGAGCUGUGAGCUGUCCCGGGCCGGCACCCCAGUGCGCUGGCUGAGGGACGGGAAGGCCAUUCGCAAGAGUCAGAAGUAUGACCUCGUCGUGGAUGGCCCUCGGGCCAUGCUGGUGGUCCAUGCUGUCUCGCCCAAGGAUUCCGGCGAGUACACGUGUGAGACAGAGGCUUCCAAGAGCACAGCGAGCCUCCGUGUGGAAGAAAAGGCAAACCAGUUCACGGAGGAGCUGGCUGAUCUGCAGGGGACGGAGAAGGGCACGGCCGUGUUUGUGUGCAGGACUGAGCGGCCUGCCGCUGUGGUGAUCUGGCGUAAGGGGCUUACGGAGCUGCUUGCCUCAGGGAAGCACACACCCAGCCAGGAUGGCCUGACCCUGAAGCUGACCAUCAGUGCCCUGACCAAGGCAGACAGUGACACCUACACCUGCGACAUUGGCCAGGCCUGCUCCCAGGCCCGGCUCCUGGUGCAGGGCCAGAGGGUGCUCAUCACAGAGGACCUGGAGGAUGUGGAGGUACGCGAGGGCUCGUCAGCCACCUUCUCCUGCCGCAUCUCCCCCCCCGACUAUGGGCCGGUGCAGUGGUUCCUGGAUCAGACGCCCCUGCACCCCAAUGAGCUCAAUGAGAUCCAGGCUCAGCCCGGCGGGUACCAUGUGCUCACCCUUCGGCAGCUGGCUCUCAAGGACUCAGGCACCAUCCACUUUGAGGCGGGGGACCAGCGGGCCUCAGCCACACUGCAGGUCACAGAAAAGCUGAGUGUGUUCUCCCGUGAGCUCACAGACACUACUGUCACGGAGGGGGAGGACCUGACCCUGAUCUGUGACACCACCACCUCGGACAGCCCCGUGUCCUGGACCAAGGACGGGAAGGCCCUGCGGCCAUCGGCUCGCUGCCAGCUGAGCCAGGAGGGCCACCGGGCACAGCUGGUCAUUACUGGAGCCACCCUGCAGGAUGGUGGGCGCUACAAGUGUGAGUCUGGGGGAUCCUGGACCAGCUCCAUUGUCAGGGUCCACGCACGGCCAGCACGUUUCCGUGAGGGGCUGAAGGACCUGGAGGUGCUGGAGGGCGGGGCUGCCACUCUGCGCUGCAAGCUGUCGUCUGUGGUCACACCUGUGGAAUGGCGCCGUGGAGAGGAGGUUCUGCGGCCUGGGCCUAAGUACAGUUUGCAUCAGGAGGGCACAGUGCUUGAGCUGGUGGUCCGGGACCUGCGGCCCCAGGACAGCGGACCAUACUCCUGCUGCUUCGGGGACCAAAGGACCAUGGCCACGCUCACUGUGAAGGCCUCACCUGCUGAGUUCAUAGGGAGAAUGAGAAGCAAGGAGGCCACGGAAGGGGCCACAGCCACAUUGCGCUGUGAGCUGAGCAAGGAGGCCCCUGUGGAGUGGAAGAAGGGGUCCGAGACCCUCAGAGCUGGGGACAGAGUCAGUCUGAGGCAGGAUGGGACCACGUGUGAGCUGGAGAUCCGUGGCCUGGCUGUGGCAGAUGCCGGGGAGUACUCGUGUGUGUGCGGGCAGGAGAAAACAUCAGCCACGCUGACCAUCAAGGCCCUGCCUGCUGAAUUCAUAGGGAGACUGAGAAGCAAGGAGGCCAUGGAAGGGGCCACGGCCAUGCUGCGCUGUGAGCUGAGCAAGGCAGCCCCUGUGGAGUGGAGGAAGGGGUCCGAGACCCUCAGAGCUGGGGACAGAGUCAGCCUGAGGCAGGAUGGGACCGUGUGUGAGCUAGAGAUCCGUGACCUGGCUGUGGCAGAUGCUGGGGAGUACUUGUGUGUAUGCGGACAGGAGAGGACAUCGGCCACGCUGACCAUCAAAGCCCUUCCUGCCAAGUUCACAAAAAGUUUCAAGGCUGAGGAGGCCAUGGAAGGGGCCACGGCCAUGCUGCACUGUGAGCUGAGCAAGGCAGCCCCUGUGGAGUGGAGGAAGGGGUCCGAGACCCUCAGAGCUGGGGACAGAGUCAGCCUGAGGCAGGAUGGGACCACGUGUGAACUGGAGAUCCGUGGCCUGGCGGUGGCAGAUGCUGGGGAAUACUCAUGUGUAUGUGGGCAGGAGAAGACAUCAGCCAUGCUGACCAUCAGGGCCCUGCCUGCCAAGUUCACCAAGGGCCUGAGGAAGGAAGAGGCCACAGAAGGGGCCACGGCCACGCUGCGCUGUGAGCUUAACAAGGAGGCCCCCGUGGAGUGGAAGAAGGGGUCUGAGACCCUCAGAUCUGGAGACAGAGUCAGCCUGAGGCAGGAUGGGACCACGUGUGAGCUGGCGAUCCGUGGCCUGGCCCUGGCAGAUGCCGGGGAGUACUUAUGUGUGUGCGGGCAGGAGAUGACAUCAGCCACACUGACCGUCAGGGCCCUGCCUGCCAAGUUCACCAAGAGCCUGAGGAAGGAAGAAGCCACGGAAGGGGCCACGGCCACGCUGCACUGUGAGCUGAGCAAGGAGGCCCCCGUGGAGUGGAAGAAGGGAUCUGAGACCCUCAGAGCUGGAGACCGAGUCAGCCUGAGGCAGGAUGGGACCACGUGUGAGCUGGAGAUCCGUGGCCUGGCCAUGGCAGAUGCCGGGGAGUACUCGUGUGUGUGCGGGAAGGAGAGGACAUCAGCCAUGCUGACUGUCAGGGCGCUGCCUGCUCAGUUCAUCCAAGAUCUGAAGAUCAAGGAGGCCUCAGAAGGAGCCACAGCCACACUGCAUUGUGAGCUGAGCAAGGAGGCCCCCGUGGAGUGGAAAAAGGGGUCCGAGACCCUCAGAGCUGGGGACAGAGUCAGCCUGAGGCAGGAUGGGACCACGUGUGAGCUGGAGAUCCGUGGCCUGGCUGUGGCAGAUGCCGGGGAGUACUCGUGUGUGUGCGGGCAGGAGAGGACAUCAGCCAUGCUGACCGUCAGGGCCCUGCCUGCCAAGUUCACCAAGGGCCUGAGGAAGGAAGAAGCCACGGAAGGGGCCACGGCCACGCUGCACUGUGAGCUGAGCAAGGAGGCCCCCGUGGAGUGGAAGAAGGGAUCUGAGACUCUCAGAGCUGGGGACAGAGUCAGCCUGAGGCAGGAUGGGACCACGUGUGAGCUGGAGAUCCGUGGCCUGGCCAUGGCAGAUGCCGGGGAGUACUCGUGUGUGUGCGGGCAGGAGAGGACAUCAGCCACUCUGACUAUCAGGGCCCUGCCUGCCAAGUUCACAAAAAGUCUAAGGGAUGAGGAGGCCACAGAAGGUGCCACAGCUAUGCUGCGCUGUGAGCUGAGCAAGGCAGCCCCUGUGGAGUGGAGGAAGGGGUCCGAGACCCUCAGAUCUGGGGACAGAGUCAGCCUGAGGCAGGAAGGGACCGUGUGUGCGCUGGAGAUCUGUGGCCGCGUGACGGAUGCUGCAAAGUACUCAUGCAUGUGUGGGCAGGAGAGGACGUUGGCAAAGCUUACUGUCAUGUCCCCACAGGUGGUAUUCAGGGAGCCCCUGCAGAGCCUGCAGGCUGAGGAGGGGGCCUCGGUCACCCUACGGUGUGAGCUGUCCCAGCCCAACGCCACCGUGGUCUGGAGCAAGGGCGGCCUGGAGGUGCAGGCUGACGGGCGCAGGGAGCCUCGGCAGCGGGGCCCCACGGUGGAGCUUGUACUGAGGGACCUGCGCCGGGAGGAUGCGGGCGAAUACGCAUGUGCCUGUGGACCCCAGGCCACCAGUGCCACCCUCAUUGUUACAGCUGCACCUGUGCGGUUCCUGCGGGAGUUGCAGGCCCAGGAGGUGGACGAGGGCGCCACGGCGCGCCUGCGCUGCGAGCUGAGCCGAGAGGGCGCCAGCGUGGAGUGGCGCAAAGGGUCCCUGCAGCUCUUCCCGUGCGCCAAAUACCAGAUGGUGCAGGAGGGCAGGACUGCUGAGCUGCUGGUGCGGGGCGUGGAGCCUGAGGACUCUGGCCACUACACCUGCAACGCGGGCGACUCGCAGAGCACUGCUAGCCUCUCCAUCCGAGCCCCUAGGCCUAUAUUCCAGGAGGAGCUGCAGAGCACGGAGCAGGAGGCCGGCAGUGUGGCCUGGCUGCGCUGUGAGCUGAGUGGGACAGAGACCGGUGUCCCUGUGCAGUGGCUCAAGGAGGGUGUGGAGCUGCACGGGGGCCCCAAAUAUGAGAUAAGGCGCCUGGGGACCACAUGUGAGCUGCUGAUCCACGGGCUGGAGGCCAAGGACACGGGCGAGUAUGUCUGUGUGGCUGGCGGCCGGAAAACCGUGGCCUCUGUCAGGGUCAGAGAGCCGGAGGUGACCAUUGUGCGGGGGCUGGAGGAUGCCGAGGUGCAGGUGGAUGGGGACGUGGAGUUCACUUGUGAGGUGUCACGGGAUGGAGUCACCAAUGUGGAGUGGCGUCUCCAGGGCCUGCCGCUGCAGAACAAUGAGGUGACGGAAGUGUCCGUGCGGGGAGGCCGCACCCACACUCUCCGGCUGACGGGCGUGACCCCCGAGGAUGCAGGCACCAUCUCUUUCCACGUGGGCGUCCACACGUCCUCUGCCCAGCUCACUGUCCGAGUCCCUGAGGUGACCAUUCUGGAGCCCCUGCAGGACCUGCAGCUCAGCGAGGGCCAGGAUGCCCAUUUCAGAUGCCAGCUGUCCAGAGCCUCUGGCCAGGAGGCCCGCUGGGCCCUGGGAGGGGUACCGCUGCAGGCCAAUGAGAUGAAUGACAUCACUGUAGAAGAUGGCACGCUCCAUCGCCUCACCCUGCACAAGGUGACCCUAGAGGAUGCUGGAACCAUCAGCUUCCAAGUGGGCUCAUGUAGCUCGGAGGCCCAGUUAAAGGUCACAGCCAAGAACACAGUGCUGCGUGGCCUGGAGAACGUGGACGCGCUGGAAGGUGGCGAGGCGCUGUUCGAGUGCCAGCUGUCGCGCCCCGAGGUGGCUGCCCACAGCUGGCUGCUGGACGAUGAGCCCGUGCACACGUCGGAGAACGCAGAGGUGGUCUACUUUGACAAUGGACUGCGUCACCUGCUGCUGCUCAAGAACCUGCGUCCGCAGGAUAGCUGCCGGGUCACCUUUCUGGCGGGGGAUGUGGUGACGUCUGCGUUCCUCACGGUCAGAGGCUGGCGCCUGGACGUACUGGAGCCGCCGCAAGAUGCCACGGUGCGAGCCGGGGUGCAAGCCCGCUUCAGCUGCAUGCUCAGCGAGGCGGUGCCGGUGGGCGAGGCGACCUGGUACAUCAAUGGGACUGCUGUGCAGCCCGACGACCCUGACUGGAUGGUCACCGCAGAUGGCAGCCACCAUGCCUUGUUGCUGCGCAGUGCCCAGAUGCACCAUGCUGGCGAAGUCACCUUUGCUGCCCGCGAUGCCGUGGCCUCUGCACGGCUCACGGUGCUGGGCAUCCCGGAUCCCCCAGAGGACGCCGAGGUGGUGGCUAGGAGCAGCCGCUCUGUGACACUGUCAUGGGUGGCACCCGCAAGCGACGGUGGCGGCGGUCUCUGUGGCUAUCGUGUGGAGAUGAAGGCGGCCGCCACGGGCGAGUGGCGCCUGUGCCAUGAACUGGUGCCUGGGCCUGAGUGCGUGGUGGAUGACCUGGCUCCCGGGGAGACCUACCGCUUCCGAGUGGCUGCUGUGGGCCCAGCAGGGGCUGGGGAGCCCGUGCACCUGCCGCAGACAGUGAGACUGGAGCCCCAGGAGCCUGAACCUGCGCCGCCAGCUCCCGUGCUGAGGGCUCCCGCGUGCCCCGCUCCUGCGCCCCCGGCUCCCACGCACCCCGCUCCUGAGAGCCGGCAGGUGGUUGCCGGCAAGGACGUGUGUUUGGAGUGCGAGGUCACUGAGGCGGGUGAGGUCGUCUGGCUGAAGGGGACGGAGCUCAUCCAGCCCAGCGGGCGCUUCCAAGUUCUCUGCCGGGGUCAGCAGCAGAUGCUGGUCAUCCGGGGAUUCUCGGCGGAGGACCAGGGCGAGUACCGCUGCUGCCGCACCCAGGACCCCACCUCCCCUGCAGCUGCCACUUUCCAGGUGGUGCUGACCCCCGGGUCUGGGGAUGAGACCCCUGCACAGCCCAGCCUCCCCCCUGAGGCAGCCCAGGAGGGCGACCUGCACCUGCUGUGGGAGGCCCUGGCCCGGAAGCGCCGCAUGAGCCGUGAGCCCACGCUAGACUCCAUCAGUGAACUGCCUGAGGAGGAUGGUCGCCUGCAGCAUCUGCGACAGGAGGCAGAGGAAGCAGCCCCUGACCUCUCAGAGGACUACUCCACAGCAGACGAGCUGGCACGAACUGGCGAGGCUGACCUCUCACAUACCAGCUCUGAUGAUGAGUCCCGGGCAGGCACUCCUUCCCUGGUUACCUAUCUCAAGAAGGCUGGGAGGCCCAGCACCUCACCACUGGUCAGCAAGGCUGGGGUCCCCACAGUCCUACCUGGGAAGCCACAGAAGCAUCAGGACCAGCCAACAGCCACUCACCCACCACCGGGAGACCUGAGUGCUGAGGACCUGAGUGACCCAUCCAUGGACAAAGCAGCCGUGAAGAUCCAGGCUGCCUUCAAGGGCUACAAGGUCCGAAAGGAGAUGAAGCAGCAGGAGGGACCUGUGUUCUCCCGCACGUUCAGCGACACUGAGGCACAGGUGGGAGAUGUCCUGCGUCUGGAGUGUGUGGUGUCCAGCAAGGCGGAUGUGCGUGCCCGCUGGCUGAAGGAUGGCAUGGAGCUGGCGGACGGUCGGCACCACCACAUCGACCAACUUAGCGAUGGCACCUGCUCCCUGCUGGUCACGGGCCUGGGCCUGGCAGACGCCGGCUGCUACACCUGUCAGGUGAGCAGCAAGUUUGGCCGCGUGGCCCACAGUGCUUGUGUGGUGGUCAGCGGGACUGAGAGCGAGGCAGAGAGCUCCUCGGGGGGUGAGCUGGACGACGCCUUCCGCCGGGCAGCCCGGCGGCUGCACCGGCUCUUCCGCACCAAGAGCCCGGCUGAGGUCUCAGAUGAAGAGAUCUUCCUCAGUGCGGAUGAGGGAUCCGCAGAGCCCGAGGAGCCUGCAGACCGGCAGAUGUACCGCGAAGACCAGCACUUUGUCCACAUCCGCUUCGAGUCGCGGGACGAGGCCCACCGUGCGGCUACCUGCUUCCGGGAGAUGUUCGGCACCAUGGGCAUCUCAGUGGACAUCUGCCUGUGGGAGCAGGGGCCCAGGGGCGUGGAGAUGCGCAUCAGCAGGCUGGCUCCACCCCCGGCUGCAACGCAGGCGACGGCGCCUUGCCCACUGACUGCGGAGGAGGCCGCCCCGGUGUUCCUGACUGAACUGCAGAACCAGGAGGUGCUGGACGGGUACCCCGUGAGCUUCGACUGCGUGGUGACCGGCCAGCCCGUGCCCACUGUAUGCUGGUUCAAGGAUGGCCGGAUGCUGGAGGAGGACGACCACUAUAUGAUCAGCGAAGACCAGCAGGGCGGUCACCAGCUCAUCAUCACAGCUGUAGUGCCUGCAGACAUGGGCGUAUACCGCUGCAUGGCUGAGAACAGCGUGGGUGUGUCUUCCACCAAGGCCGAGCUCCGCGUGGACCUGACCAGCACAGACUAUGAAACUGCUGCUGAUGCCACGGAGACCUCCUCCUACUUCAGCGCCCAGGGCUACCUGUCCAGCCGGGAGCAAGAGGGCAUGGAAUCAACCUCAGAGGAGGGCCAGCUGCCCCAGGUGGUGGAGGAGCUGAAGGACCUCCAGGUGGCCCCCGGCACACGCCUGGCCAAGUUUCAGCUCAAGGUGAAAGGCUACCCAGCACCCCGACUGUACUGGUUCAAAGACGGGCAGCUCCUGACGGCUUCUGAGCACAUCCACAUGGUGGACAGGAAGACGCUUCACACCCUGGAGGUCGUGUCGGUCACCCGUGAGGAUGCUGGCCAGUACUCAGCCUACAUCAGCAACAAUGUGGGCGCGGCCUAAUCAUCUGCACGGCUGCUGGUCCGAGGCCCUAAAGAUCCCGAAGAGAAGCCUGCGUUGGAUGUGGGCCAACAGCUGGUGCCACCCCGGUUCCUGGAAAGAUUCACCUCCAAGAAAGUAAAGAAAGGUUCCAGCAUCACCUUCUCAGUGAAGGUGGAAGGCUCUCCUGCCCCCACGGUGCAUUGGCUGCGGGAAGAGGCAGAGCGGGGCGUGCUGUGGAUCGGCAGGGACUCACCAGGCUACACGGUGGCCAGCUCGGCCCAGCAGCACAGUCUGGUCCUGCUGGACGUGGGCAGACAGCACCAGGGCACCUACACCUGCAUUGCCACCAAUGCCGCGGGCCAGGCCCUCUGCUCCGCCAGCCUGCACAUCUCCGGCUUGCCCAAGGAGGCGGGUGCCGCGGAGGAGCACGCUGGAGUGAAGGAGGCCCUCAUCUCCACCUUCCUGCAGGGGGCCCAAGCCGUGUCUGCACAGAUGACCGAGACCGCGGGGUUUGCCACUGAUUUUGUUGGGCAGAGGACAGCAGAGCCCACGGUGGUGGAAGCCCAUGGCCACCUGUCCCUGGCUGAGGUGGGCACAGAAGAGUUCCUGCAGAAGCUCACGUCCCAGAUCACUGAGAUCGUGUCGGCCAAGAUCACGCAGGCCAAGCUGCAGGUGCCUGGAGGGGACAGUGAUGAGGAAUCCAAGACACCAUCCGCAUCCCCCCGGCACGGCCGUUCCCGCCCCUCCUCCAGUGUCCAGGAGUCGUCCUCAGAGUCGGAGGACGGGGACUCCCGAGGCGAGAUCUUCGAUAUCUAUGUGGUCACGGCUGACUACCUGCCCUUGGGGGCCGAGCCGGAUGCCAUCUCCCUGAGGGAGGGCCAGUACGUGGAGGUGCUGGACUCGGCCCACCCCCUGCGCUGGCUUGUGCGCACCAAGCCCACCAAGUCCAGCCCCUCACGGCAAGGCUGGGUGUCCCCUGCCUACCUAGACAAGCGGCUCAAGCUGUCGCCCGAGUGGGGGCCCACUGAGGCCCCCGAGUUCCCAGGGGAGGCCGUGUCUGAAGAUGAAUACAAGAUGAGGCUGAGCUCUAUCAUCCAGGAGCUGCUGAGCUCUGAGCAGGCCUUUGUGGGCAAGCUGCAGUUCCUGCAGAAGCACCACAUCCAGCACCUGGACCACUGCCCGCACGUGCCCACGGCCGUGGCCAGCCAGAAAGCAGUCAUCUUCCGCAACGUGCAGGACAUCAGCCACUUCCACAGCAGCUUCCAGCGGGAGCUGCAGAGCUGUGACACCGAUGACGACGUGGCCAUGUGCUUCAUCAAGAACCAGGCAGCCUUUGAGAAGUACCUGGAGUUCCUGGUGGGCCGUGUGCAGGCUGAGUCAGCAGUGGUGGGCACAGCUGUGCAGGAGUUCUACAAGAAGUACACAGAGGAGGUGCUGUCGGCUGCAGACCCGUCGCAGCCGCCCCCGCCGCCCCUGCAGCACUUCCUGGAGCAGCCCGUGGAGCGGGUCCAGCAGUACCAGGCCCUGCUCAAGGAGCUGAUCCGCAACAAGGCGAGGAACGGGCAGAACUGUGCGCUUCUGGAGCAGGCCUACGCGGUGGUGUCCGCCCUGCCGCAGCGUGCGGAGAACCAGCUGCACGUGUCGCUCAUGGAGAACUACCCAGGCACCCUGGAGGCACUGGGCGAGCCCAUUCGCCAGGGCCACUUCAUUGUAUGGGAGGGGGCACCGGGCGCGCGGAUGCCCUGGAAGGGCCAUCACCGCCACGUCUUCCUGUUCCGCCACCACCUGGUGGUCUGCAAGCCCAGAAGGGAUUCCCGCACCGACACUUUUAGCUACAUCUUCCGGAACAUGAUGAAGCUGAGCAGCAUCGACCUGAAUGACCAGGUGGAGGGUGACGACCGUGCCUUCGAGAUCUGGCAUGAGCGGGAGGACUCGGUGCGCAAGUACCUGCUGCAGGCGCGCACGGUCAUCACCAAGAACUCGUGGGUGAAGGAGAUCUGUGGCAUCCAGCAGCGCCUGGCCCUGCCCGUGUGGCACCCCCCAGAUUUCGAGGAGGAGCUGGCGGACUGCACAGCAGAGCUUGGUGAGACAGUGAAGCUGGCCUGCCGUGUGACGGGCACCCCCAAGCCUAUCGUCAGCUGGUACAAAGAUGGGAAGCCAGUGGAGGUGGAUCCACACCACAUCCUCAUCGAAGACCCUGACGGCUCCUGUGCCCUUAUCCUGGACAACCUGACCGGCAUGGAUUCGGGCCAGUACAUGUGCUUUGCAGCCAGCGCUGCUGGCAAUGCUAGCACACUGGGCAAAAUCCUGGUGCAAGUACCCCCAAGGUUCGUGAAGAAGGUCCAGGCCAUUCCUUUUGUGGAGGGAGAGGACGUGCAGGUCACCUGCACCGUGGAAGGCGCCCCACACCCUCAGAUCAGGUGGUUCAAGGACGGGGCCCUGCUGACUCCCAGCAGCAAGUACCGAACCCUGAGUGAGCCCCGAAGUGGUCUGCUGGUGCUGGAGAUCCUGGCAGCUAGCAAGGAUGACCUGGGCCAUUAUGAGUGCGAGUUGGUGAACCGGCUGGGCUCUGCGAGGGGCGGGGUAGAGCUGUGCAUGCAGAGCCCUGCUGUGCGGGCCCGGGAGCAGCUUCACAGGGAGCAGCUUGCCACUGUGGAAGGGCCCCCGUCCAUGCAGGUCACCAUUGAAGAUGUGCAGGCACAGAGGGGCAGCACAGCCCAGUUCCAUGCGGUUAUUGAGGGCAACCCACAGCCUAUGGUGACCUGGUACCGGGACAAUGCCCAGCUGGUGGACGGUGCCCGGCUGAACCAGCAGCAGGACGGGGCCACCUACUCCCUGGUGCUGAGGGACGUGACCCAGCACGAUGCCGGUGUCUACACAUGCCUGGCCCGCAACGCUGGCGGCCAGGUGCUAUGUAAAGCAGAGCUGGUAGUCCAUGGGGGAGACGGCGAGCUGGAGUCAGAGAAACAAAGUUAUCGAAGGAAACUGCACUCUUUCUACGAGGUCAAGGAGGAAAUUGGAAGGGGCGUGUUCGGCUUCGUGAAGAGGGUGCAACACAAGGGAAACCAGAUGUUCUGCGCAGCCAAGUUCAUCCCCCUGCGGAGCAGGACGCGCACCCAGGCGUAUCGCGAACGGGACAUCCUGGCCACGCUGAGCCACCCUCUGGUCACUGCGCUGCUGGACCAGUUUGAGACCCGGAAGACCCUGAUCCUUGUGCUGGAGCUAUGCUCGUCAGAGGAGCUACUGGACCGUCUGUUCAAGAAGAAUGUGGUGACAGAGGCUGAGGUCAAGGUCUACGUCCAGCAGCUGGUUGAGGGGCUGCAAUACCUGCAUAGCCAAAGUGUUCUCCACCUGGACAUAAAGCCCCCCAACAUCCUGAUGGUGCACCCUGCUCGGGAAGACAUUAAAAUCUGCGACUUUGGCUUUGCCCAAAAACUCACCCCAGGAGAGCCACAGUACAGCAAGUACGGCUCCCCAGAAUUUGUGUCCCCAGAGAUCAUUGAGCAGACGCCUGUGAGUGAAGCCUCCGACAUCUGGGCCAUGGGGGUCAUCUCCUACCUCAGCCUGACCUGCUCGUCUCCAUUCGCUGGUGAAAGUGACCGAGCCACCCUCCUGAACAUUCUGGAGGGGCGGGUGUCCUGGAGCAGCCCGGCAGCUGCCCACCUCAGUGAUGAUGCCCGGAACUUCAUCAAGGCUGCCCUGCAGAGGGCCCCUGAGGCUCGGCCCAGUGCAGCCAAGUGCCUCGCCCACCCCUGGUUCAAGAGGUCCAUGCCCGCGGAGGAGGCCCACUUCAUCAACACCAAGCAGCUCAAGUUCCUGUUGGCCCGCAGCCGCUGGCAGCGCUCCCUGAUGAGCUACAAGUCCAUCCUGGUGAUGCGCUCCAUUCCGGAGCUGCUUCAGGGCCCGCCCGACAGCCCGUCCCUCGGGGUGGCCCGGCAUCUGCGCGGCGACGCCAGCGCCUCGUCCAGCAGCUCGUCCUCUUCGUCUGACAACGAGCUGGCCCCCUUCGCCCGGGCCAGGUCGCUGCCGCCAUCUCCGGUGACGCACUCGCCGCUGCUGCACCCGCGCGGCUUCCUGCGCCCGUCCGCCAGCCUGCCCGAGGAGACCGAGGCUUGCGCGUCCGCCGCGGCCGCGCCUCCGCGCACGCCGCCCAUGGGCGCCCCGGGCUGCGUGCCCCGGCACAGCGUGGUCUGCAGCCUCUUCUACGAGCAGGCGGGCGAGGACACGGAGCGCGGAGGUCCCGCCGCGGGCGGCCGGCGGCAUCCGGCCCGGCGGCGGCACUUGCUCCAGGGCGGCUACUUCGCCGGCGCCCUGCCCGGCCUGCGCGAGCCGCUGCUGGAACACCGCGCGCUGGAGGAGGAGGCCGCCCGGGAAGAGCAGGCCGCCCUGGUGGCCAAAGCGCCCUCCUUCGAGACCGCCCUGCGGCUGCCGGGCUCCAGCGCCCGCGGAGCACCCGGCCGCAGCCGCUCCCUGGAGCUCGACCAGCCACACGCCUCAAGUUCCUCCACGGAGGCCUGUGGCGGAGGGCAGUGCCCUGGCCCGGCCCUCUCGAGCCUCCAGGCGGGCUCAGGGGAGGGCUGGCCAGGAGGGGUCACCUGCGCCAGGGAGAUGGAGCAUCUGGAGGGAUCCCAGCAGGGGCCGCGACUGUUAAAGUCCCUCGGUGUCGACCUGGGGUCCACUAGGCAGGAGGGGUCCUGUCAGGACAGCUGUGGGGGGCAGCCCGCCCCUUCCAUUCAUCCCUUGGAAGGCUGUGGCCCCCAUAAGACUGUUACACCACAACCUUCUGGUUCCUUCCCUUCAAAGCAGUGCACAGGUGACUUGGCACACUUAAGCUCCUUCCUCUCUGGGGAGCCAACAGCUCUGGUCUCCCCAGCCCAAGAAAGCCCCCAGCCAGGCUCUAAGAAGGGAACAGAGCACACUCCUCUGCCUGGGAGGCCAAAUCUUCCUAGCGCUCCAGGGCUGGCCUUCCCAGUGGGCACUGAGCCCGGCCCCUUACAGGAUGCGGAGGCCCUGGCCGUGGAGCUGGAGGACACAUCAGAGGUCGAGCCCAGCCCAAAGCGGCCUCAGGAGCAGGCCACCACACGGAAGUUCUCCGUGGGGGCACGCCGUGGGGGCUAUGCAGGAGUGGCAGGCUAUGGCACCUUUGCCUUUGGCGGGGACGCGGGGGGCAUGCUGGGGCAGGGCCCCCUGUGGGCCAGGAUGGCCUGGGCUACCUCUCAGUCCUCUGAGGAGCAUGACGAUGCUAGGGCCCAGAGCCCGGCCCCCCAGGCCAGCGCAGCACCCCCUCCUGAGGUCAGUGGGGCAGCUCUAAGGGCCUCCCCGGAGUUGAGCUCAUGGGAGGACUUCGGUGGAGGCUCCCAGGUGUCCCUGGUACAGAUCCGAGACCUGUCUGGGGACUCGGAAGGGGCCGACACGGUGUCCCUGGACAUCUCAGAGGUGGAGCCUGCCUACCUCAACCUGUCUGACCUCUACGACAUCAAGUAUCUGCCCUUCGAGUUCAUGAUCUUCAGGAAAGUCCCCAAGCCUGUGCAGCCAGAGCCCCCACCAUCCCCUGAGUCUGAGGCUGGGGAGGAGCUGGCGGAGUUCCCGGAGGCUGGGUGGCCUUGGCCGGGUGCACUGGGCCCACCGGCCAGCUUGCAGAUCACAGAGGAGCCAGAGGACAUGGAGACCCUGCUCAGAGAGACUGUGGGCAGUAGGAAGCGCAAGUGGUCACCCCCCUCGGGUGGCCUCUUCCACUUCCCAGGGAGGCACACGCUGCUGGAGGAACCUGUGGAGCUGGGUCUGCGCCGGAGGGUGAGGGCCUCCGUGGCCCACAUCUCCCGCCUGCUAAAGGGCAGGCCUGAAGGUCUGGAAAAAGAGAGUCCCCCCAGGAAGAAGGCAGGCCUGGCUUCCUUCCGGUUGGGCCUGAAGAAUAGGGACCGAGCGCCAUCAUUUCUAAGGGAGCUUGCAGAUGAAACAGUGGUCCUGGGCCAGUCCGUGACUCUGGCCUGCCAAGUGUCGGCCCAGCCAGCUGUACAGGCCACCUGGACCAAAGACGGGGCAACCCUGGAGAGCACCAGCCGCAUCCUCAUCUCCUCCACACUCAAGAACUUCCAGCUUCUGACCAUCCUGGUGGUAAAGGCCGAGGACCUGGGGGUGUACACGUGCAGUGUGAGCAACACGCUGGGGACAGUGGCCACAACGGCUGUCCUCCGGAAGGCAGAGCGCCCCUCGUCUUCUCCACGCCCGGACAUUGGGGAGGUGUAUGCCGACGGCGUGCUGCUGGUCUGGAAACCUGUGGAGUCCUACGGGCCUGUAACAUACAUUGUGCAGUGUAGCCUGGAAGGCGGCAGCUGGAGCACACUGGCUUCUGACGUCUUUGACUGCUGCCACCUCGCCACCAAGCUUUCCAGGGGUGGUGUGUACACUUUCCGGACGGCCUGUGUCAGCAAGGCGGGCAUGGGACCUUACAGCAGCCCCUCAGAGGAGGUCCUCCUGGGAGGGCCCAGCCACUUGGCCUCGGAGGAAGAGAGCCGUGUCCUGCCCCCGGCGCAGCCCCUCCCCAGCAAGCAGACCUUCGCCUUCCAGACGCAGAUUCGAAGGGGCCGCUUCAGCGUGGUGCGGCAGUGCCGGGAGAAGGCCAGCGGACGCGCGCUGGCCGCGAAGAUAGUGCCCUACCGCCCCGAGGACAGGACUGCAGUGCUGCGCGAAUACGAAGCCCUCAAGAGCCUGCGUCACCCGCACCUGGCCCAGCUACACGCCGCCUACCUCAGCCCCCGGCACCUGGUUCUAAUCUUGGAGCUGUGCUCGGGACCCGAGCUGCUGCCCUGCCUGGCGGAAAGGGCCUGUUACUCGGAAUCGGAGGUGAAGGACUACCUGUGGCAGAUGCUGAGCGCGGCCCAGUACCUGCACGCCCAGCGCAUUCUGCAUUUGGACCUCAGGUCCGAGAAUAUGAUCGUCACCGAGUACAACUUACUCAAGGUCGUCGACCUGGGCAACGCCCAAAACCUCGCCCAGGAGAGGGUCCAGCCCCCGGAGAGGUUCAAAGACUACGUGGAGACCAUGGCUCCUGAGCUCCUGGAGGGUCAGAGUGCCGUCCCGCAGACAGACAUCUGGGCCAUAGGCGUGACAGCCUUCAUCAUGUUGAGCGCGGAGUACCCAGUGAGCAGUGAAGGGACACGUGACAUGCAGAAAAGCCUUCGCAAGGGGCUAGUCCGUCUGAGUCGCUGUUAUGCGGGGCUGUCCGGCGGCGCCGUGGGUUUUCUCCGGAGCGCUUUGUGCGUUCACCCGUGGGGCCGGCCUUGCGCGUCUAGCUGCUUGCAGUGCCCGUGGCUAACCGAGGAGGGCCCUGCUCGCUUCCAGCCCGCGGCCGUGACCUUCCCAACUGCGCGCCUGCGCGCCUUCGUACGCGAGCGAGAGAAGAGGCGGGCGCUGUUGUACAAGAAACACAACCUGGCCCAGGUUCACUGAGUACGUGGCCUGGCAGAGAGGAUGUGUGUGUGGGGGGAGGGUGGGCUUCACCCCCUAGUGUUCCCUCUAGGACUUGCUGUAUACACACCGACACACCAAUAAAAAGCAGAACUGGA